UAUUAUUAGCUGCUUUUUAAUUCGAAAGAAUAUAUUUUCAAAAGAUUUUACAGUAUUGCAGCCUGAAACGACUGUUGACGUUUCAAUAUUGUAAUCGGCCAAUGGGAAAAGAAUUCGCCUAGACUGACGUGCCUUUCGUCCAAUGGGGAGCCUCGGUGAGAGGGGCGGGAGCACGCCGGAGGAUCGCAUGUCGAGGGAAGGCGCUUUUGUUUUCCUUGGGAGAAAAGUCGUGGAACAACAUUUCAAAACAAGGGCCGUUACCACAGCGAGUUACAGAGUCCUCGGAUACGGCCUUUAAAAAUUCUAGGCAAUGGACUACACGAUGUUAAUGGAGGGGAACUGGAGCGUUUUCGAGCUCUUUUGACGUUUUUUUUCUGGAACAGUUCUUGGAGCUGCAGAGAUUGGAAAGGCGGAAGAAGGGAAGGACGGAAAGCCCAGUGAUGGAGCAGACCUGCUCUGCCUUUGUUUUCGAGCAGAUUCGUCACGGUGCUCGCUUUGACUUGAACCCACACGCCAGUUUAGACACAUUAUAAAACUUAGUUUUCUCAGUUUCUCCGGUUAAUGCCAUAAAUUCGCCAGCUGUCGGUGCCGGAGAGACUCAAAAUGGCGGCAGGCUGGCCCAUCCCCCAGGCCCUGCGCCUGCUGCUUCUCCUGCUGCUGCGGAGCGCCGACGGCCUGGACACUUGCCCUUCUCCCUGUACGUGUUCUGAAGGUCCAGAUGCAUCUCAGCUCCUUGACUGCAGUCGGAAAAGACUGCCCUCUCCCUCUCUCUCCAUUCCAGCUUGGAUCACUCAUGUCUCUGUGAAUCAUAAUGAGCUAUCAGGUGUGCCUUUUCUCGGAGAUGCUUCAUCAAACAUCACUGUGUUGUCUCUUGUUCAUAACCGGAUCACUGAAGUCGUGGCGGAGCAGCUUCUGCCUUAUUCAUCUCUUGAAAGUCUGGAUCUGAGCUCAAAUUGGAUUUUGGAGUUGAAAGCAGGAUCUUUCCCCCCUAUGCAGCUCAAAUAUUUGAAUCUGAGCAACAAUAAGAUCAGCUCUCUUGAACCAGGCUGCUUUGGCAACAUCAGCUCUUUGCUGGUACUAAAGAUAAACAGGAACAGAUUGUCUCUGCUGCCUGCUAAAGUCUUCACCCUUUCUCAGCUGCAAGUUCUGGAGUUGAAACGUAAUAAGAUCAGAGUGGUGGACAGUUUGAUCUUCAAAGAGCUGGAGGCUCUGAAGUCUCUGAAGAUGCAGAGGAACAGUAUCACUAAGCUGAUGGACGGAGCUCUUUUUGGCCUUUACAAUAUGGAGGAAUUGGAGCUGGAACACAAUAACCUGACGGAACUGAAUAAAGGUUGGCUCUAUGGCCUGCACAUGCUCCGUGUGCUCCGGGUCAGUCAGAACAACAUUGGCCUCAUUCGAGCUGAUGCCUGGGAGUUUUGCCACCGUCUAGAAGAGCUGGAUCUGUCCUAUAAUCACCUGAGUCGUCUAGACGACUGGGCUUUCACUGGGCUUGGGCUGUUGCAGAGUCUGAAUCUGAGCGAGAAUCGCAUCACACAUCUGGGAGAAGGAGUUUUCACUGGCCUGACAAACGUCCGCAUGCUAGAUAUCCGUAACAAUGAUGUAUCACUUGCUAUUGAGGAUGCAUUCUGUAUGUUUAUGGGCAUGAAAAAGCUCAACACAUUGGUCUUACAAAAGAAUAAGAUCAGGACCAUCACUAAAAGAGCAUUUGAGGGUCUGGGAGAACUAGAGCAUCUAGACUUAAGUAAGAACCGGAUCAUGUCUGUUCACCCUGAUGCCUUCGCUCAUCUGAAACUCAAAUCACUUGAACUGAACACGAGCAGUCUUCUCUGUGACUGCCAGCUGACCUGGCUGGGUCAAUGGCUGACUGACAGCCACUUCCAGCAGUCAUGCUCGGCUGUGUGUGCACACCCUGCUCGUCUAGCAGGCAGGAGUAUCUUCACUGUCAGGCCAGAAGAAUUUGUCUGUAAUGACUUCCCUAAGCCCCAGAUCAGUGGAAACCCCAGGACAGUGGUAGCUUUGAGAGGGACCAACGUCACUCUCAACUGUUCUGCCUUCAGCAGCAGUGAUUCUACCAUGAGUGCCUCUUGGAGGAAGGACAGGGAGGUGCUGUAUGAAGCGCUGGUGCACAACUAUGCCCGCUACCAGGAGCAUCAGCUCCUCUACACCAGCAUGCUCCAUCUUCUCAAUGUCAACUUCACAGAUGAAGGACACUACCAGUGUGUGAUUUCCAACCACUUUGGGUCCAACUACUCUACAGAAGCUAAGCUCACAGUCAAUGAGUUGCCUUCAUUCCUGAAGACACCCAUGGACCUGACGAUCCGCACGGGAACUGUUGCUCGAUUGGAGUGUGCGGCUGAGGGCCACCCGCCUCCCCAAAUCGCUUGGCAGAAGGAUGGUGGUAUCAACUUCCCUGCUGCCCGUGAGAGAAGGAUGCAUGUCAUGCCUGAAGAUGACACGUUUUUCAUCGCCAAUGUGAAAACGGAGGACAUGGGCGUGUACAGCUGCACUGCCAAGAACGAGGCAGGCAGCCUUUCAGCUAACGCCACUCUCACCGUGCUGGAGACUCCGUCGUUCCAGCGCCCCUUGGAAGAUCGUACUGUAGCGCGUGGUGAGACUGCAGUUCUCCAGUGCAUAGCCCGAGGAAGUCCUGCCCCCCGCCUCAACUGGACCAAAGAUGACGGCCCAUUGCUGCUGACGGAGCGCCACUUCUUUGCGGCAGCCAAUCAGCUGCUUAUAAUUGUAGAUGCCAGGCCGUCAGAUGCAGGGAAAUACACCUGUGUUAUGUCCAACACGCUUGGCACUGAACGUGGCCACAUCUACCUGAGCGUCUCACCCUCUGCCAACUGUGACCCAGCGAGCAGUGCCUACGACCAGGAUGGCUGGACCACAGUGGGCAUUGUGGUAAUGGUGGUGGUUUGCUGUGUGGUGGGCACUUCACUGGUAUGGGUGAUAGUCAUCUACCACAUGAGACACAAGAGCGAGGACUAUAGCAUCACCAACACAGAUGAGAUGAAUCUACCAGCGGAUAUCCCGAGUUACCUGUCUUCUCAAGGCACACUGUCUGAGCCUCAGGAGGGCUAUAGUAACUCUGAGGCAGGCAGCCACCAGCAGCUCAUGCCCUCCCUGGCCAACGGCUAUGCACACAAAGGCACUGACGGCAUGUGCUAUGGUGAGGUGGGUAGCGAGAUGGACCCCGAGGCCAGUGGCAUGCUUGGUAAUCGUGUUGGGUCUCUGUUUGCUGGCCGCAGCAGCUUCCACCCUGGCGAACCAAGGGAGGGACUGACACCUGUGCCCAAUGGUGGCACCAGUCCACUAGUCAUCUGCUCGGACUGUUAUGACAAUGCCAACAUCUACUCUCGCACACGGGAGUACUGCCCAUAUGCCUACCUGGGUGAGGACGAUGCACUCGCUGCCCAACUACCCCAGGACACGGCAUGUGACAGGCGGGUGGAGCGAGAGCAACAUCCCCAGCAUGAGGACGCAGCCCUUGAGAGCCUGAUUUGUCAGCAUGAUGCAUCCGCCUUCCUUGCCAGCCAUGAGCCCAGACUUUGCGUCUCACACCACUACAACAGCGAUGUUCCUGGCAGGUCGUUUUGGGGUGGCGUGGACCCGCACCCCUCUGUCCUGCCCCAGGGGCCAGUGACUGUACACAAGCCCCCUUUGGGGAUCUCUGGAGGUGAUGGCCACGAGCAGAGGAGUGGGGGCCUGGAAGAAGGCUCGUACAGGACUAACCUUCAGGAUCACAGCCCACCUCCCACAUAGAACCUACCCAUAAGCCGCUUUUUACCCCGCCAUGGCCCGCUGUGACCCCACAGUCAGCCCUCAGUCUCCAGCUCCAGCUUCUCUCCGUGUGCCCUUAAAUCCCACUACCUCCUCUGAGAAAACUCACAGUCUGCCAAAAAAAGAAAUCACCUCUCUCUUCUGUGUUUACAUUCCGUCCUGCCCCUUCAUUGGAACCCUCUGGGGUGUGUGUGUGUGUUUGUGUUUGUGUGUAUGUAUAUGCGCGUACGUUUUAUUGUGAAAAACCUUUCCAGGAUCUUCUAAUGAUCUUCCUUCUGAUUCCGUAAAAAAUUAUUCUUCUGGUUUAAGUUGAGGCUCUGAAUGUAACGUUUCCAAAAGCCUCACUCGCCUAGCCUUUAACUUGUCACUUUUUUUCUCACCUUUCCCGUGUUUAGGGGAGUUGGAACUCCCAUGUGUAUGCCAAAGCAUUGAACUAGCCCUCCUACUGCUGCCCUGGCUCUGAAAAAGGACCUGUUUGUGCACAGACUGUGAAAGGAUCCUCCCCAUGCAUCAAGGCUUAGAGUGGCUGACCCACCUGCCAGUUGUUAGAACCAUUUAAUGCCGUCAGGGAGCCAAAUAGCUGUGCUGCAUUUUUGUUUCCUCUUGGUCGCAUCUAGCAGGUGAGAGCGGCCCACGUACAUUAUUCCCUUGUAAGAGUGGAAAGCUAUUUCCCAUUUUCCAACCCAAUAUUGUAAGCUAAAGUUAACUGUCUUUGUCAAAUGAUGCAUUUUAUAUGUUUAGUGCUGGCCACAAAGCCAAAUAUAUACUCUAUUUUCUUCCUUUUUAUGAAAGGCACUAUAUCAGACGUUAAGAGGUAUGUUGCACCGUUGACAAUCGAUCUGCAGCAAUCUUACAGGGUUGGCCAUCUGCAUACUGAAUCCAUUCCCAUGUUGUCAUCAGUUGUCUGUUCUUUUUUUCAGUGCUUUCCUGUGCACUGAUUUGUAUGUAGUUCACUGGCCUGUUCUAGAGUUCUCCACUGAAACCAUCUCUCCCUGCUGUUGAAAAGAUGUGUGAACACAUACAUAAGGAUGAUUUUAGGCGUUUUUCCUUUCUCCCACGCAUUUUACCUGGAAAUGUGUACCAGCCUCAGUUUCAGCAGUUUGGAUGUUGUACUGUGUGUGUAUUUGCGCUUCAUUUGCAUAUACAUUUGGCCUUGAGAUGGAAUGAUUCCAAAUAUCUUCAGCCUGGCUGUGAAGCAAAGGCCUUAUCAAUUGUGUAACUGUAAUUCUUCUUAAAAGGUCCAUUCUGACUCUAGCCUCACUAAGAUGUCCGAGGGAGUUAGUGAUGGAGCAUUGGACAUGUCCAUAUCAGUGCCGUUGUCAGUAUUAAUAUCAUUCACACUAUGCUGACCUCAGAAAAUAAAGGUCUCGCAGUUUGCCUUCUAAUGAUUCAGCAGCGGGGAGUGGAGGGGCCAAAGAACUCAAUGCUGAGUUUUGCUGUUACCAAAAAGUAAUACAUCCUUUCAUUUACUGUAAUCUCACUUGGACCCAUGUUGGUCUAAAUCGGUUUCUACCUUGCUGAAAUACUGCAUUCCAAAAGGAUUCCACAACACAGUUGUAGACUUUGUGAUUUUUAGCACUUUUUGAAUCUACAAGCAUAGAUUGAUUUUCAUCGCAGUACGUUGUGUCAGUCACUAUCUCUCUCUGUUUGCAUUGGUCUGGUUUCACCCAAUCGGUACAAUCCUAAUAAUGCUGCACUUCAUAUAGUAGGAUGAUGCGUUCCAAAGAAUAUUUGUGUUUUGAGUGUGCGUGAGCUUGUGAGAGUGAGAGAAAUGGGAACUAACCAAGACAUGGGCGCAACUGAGGUACUCUUUAACAUAUUAUUGUGAAAUGUGUGUAUUGUGAAAUGCACUAAAACAUUGAGUCACUACAGUUAGAUACAGUAUGUAUCAGUUAUGUGGGUACUUUCCAUAUUUAUCAUGUGACGUGAAUAUGCUGUUGCCUAGUAUAUGUCAUUAUUUGGUGAUUAUUUCAUCCUGGUGCCAUGUUGUCACAUUCUGUUUGAAAUGGUUUUAAUUGUGCACCUAAAGUGUUCUCAUUUUUUACAUUCAUUUAUUUUGAUGAAAAUAAGUUGAUGCUUUUGUAUCGGUUUCUGUUAAAUCACUUACUCAAUGUGGUAUUGAUUACUAGCUGUUUUAUGAUUUGCACAUGGUUCUGUCCCGCGGUCCGCCUUACAGAUCCCGUAGUAGACUGGCCCCUGUUGCUAAUGUAAGUGACUUACAGUCAGUUCCUAUCGACUAUAGCAGCAUGUGUGGGGUUUCAGUAGCUUAUGGUGAGGUUUUCUAGAUCCUAAAAGCUAUUUAAGAUCAUCAGUAAUAGCUGUAGCACAUAUCACUGCAAUCACUUGCACACUUUUGCUGUCGGAAGAUUCAAAGUCAGUCCUAAACGUGACGUUACAGAUGUUAGUCGUGUUCUGAAUAACAGCAAUGAUACUGAACAAUGUAAGAUGAACUGCUCUUAUAAUUGAGGUGGUCUAUGUUUGUGAGAUUUUGUGUUGAACGGCAUGAGUUUGUUGUAAAAGCGGCAGAUAUUCAGAUGCAAUUUGGUUUGCACCAAAAGUCUCAUUCACACUACUCUCUUGAAUUAAAACCAAAGGUCAGCGUUAAUGCUUUCACACUAUUUCAGUGCUGCUUGUUUUUAUGUGUACUUUUUUCUUUUUAAUUUUGAAUAUUGUACCUGUACAUUCUGUAAAGCAUGUAUAAAGAACCUUUUUUGUUUCAUAAUGUUGCAUAUUCAGCUGACAUUUAAACAAUAAAAUGCAAAUUCUGAUGUACUAGAA